AUGGAUCGUCCCUCGCCACAGGGCAUGAUGCCUGGCUUGCAUCGCAGCUCAGUAACUCCUGGUUCAGUUCAGUCUGAAUAUUGGAACAAUCUGGAUUCGUUAUACCCUGGUCCGGAUCCUCCACACCAACAUCCACACCCAACCCAACAGCAGCUGCAUCAGUCGCACCAGCAACAACAACAUCGGCAACAACAACAACAGCCGCAGCAACAAACUCAGUCAAUGGGGAUCAGCUGGGACCAUCCGAUCUUCAGUCAACAGCAUCAGCAAAGGACGCAAGUACCGUCACAUCAAGAGCAUGACCAUGGCAUCUAUUCCUCGUCAACUCCCCAGUCGUGGCAACAGAAUUCACUACAACAACACCAUCAUCAGCAACAACAACAAAUACUUUCGCCAGCUCCACAAGGUCUUGGGGUGCCCACUCAGUACCAUCAGGUUCAUCGAUAUCCUCCAGGCCAGGUGACGUUCGAUUCACGGCCACUCCCUGCAACGGACAAUCCUCCAUAUCAAUCCUACUCAUUCCCUCAGAACUUUUAUUCUUCUCAGCACAUGUCGCUUCCGGAUGCCUUUCCUCAAUCAAAUUCACCGCAGGCCCCUCGAUCGCAGACUUCCCAGCAAAAUCAUUACCAGCCCGUCGCACAUCAAACGCCUCUUGCAUCAUACUCACUUCCUCCCGGAUACUCCGAAGGGAACUCGAUGAAUUUCAUCACCAAUUAUGCUGAGCCAGCUACGAACGUUACUGACGACCCCACCAUCAAUCCUCAGAUUCUUAAUCCUGCACAGCAGUCUUCUAAUCAAAAUUCUUCUCUCCAAAACCCUUUCCUGUACGUGAAUUCAGCUGACUAUGGCCGGGCCGAUGAUGGGAAGCUGUUUAACUUCUUCGAGAAUGACUUGCAAGUGCCACCUGUUAUGGGUCAGAGUACGAGUAAUAAUCGACCUAUUCCCGGUCAAAAUGCUUUUGAAGGAACUUUUCAUGUCAACGGUCAAAAUUCUGUAGACUCGACUUUGCAGAUAAAACCAACUGAACCGCCGAAGAAGAAAGCUCGCACGAAGACAGUGUCAAAGAAAUCAACAACUCUUGCGAAGAAGUCUUCGGCAUCGGAAAGCGAGACUUCUGAUGACUCCGACCUUGAAAUUCAAUUUCCCGAAGAGCCAUCCCCCAUACCAGCGACGCGACCCAGUGAACCGGAGGCUGCCGUGGAAUACGAUACUCUUCAAGCCGUCUGGUCGCCACGCAAUCGCAGACCCAAUGCUGAUAAGGUCAAAAAUGCUCUAGUUGCAUUUAAAGACGUUGUCAAACGUGUGAGGGAUGCGUGGAAAGAAAGCAGUCAAGCGAUGAAGAUGGCGGAGAACAAGGAUGAAACCGACAAAGCAGCCCAGCUCAAGAAGGAUGUUGUCCUGCAACGUCGUCUGAUGGAUGUGGUUGUCAGUACCACUCUUGAAAAAGGCCACCCGGCUAUCGUUGAGAAGUUGGGAGAACAUCCAAUGGCGCUCGCUGCCAUGUAUUCCUUUCUUCUAGAUCGACAUCAAGCGUCCGACGUGGAUGGAGCAUUCACGGUUAAUAUACUCAAGUUACUCGCACGCUUUGGCACCGUGGACGAGGAGGUACUCCAUAAAACCAAUAUUGCCAAACUCCUACCCCGUUUCGUGAAGAAAGGGGGUCCCACUGUCAAAGAACUCUCUCAGAAGAUCCUAGAUAAUGCUGCUGCUUCCACGAAAAGAAAACAGGAGGCGACUAAGCCCGCAGCGAAAGAGGGGUCGGCGAUCAAGAGCUCUGCCUCUGAACCAGCACAUAAUAAUUCCCGCCCCGAAAUCGCUGGUUCGAAGAGGCCUCGGGAGGGAGAAACCAAUGGCCAGGCUGCUUCGAAGCGGAUGGUUGUAACAUCCAAUAUCAAGCCUAGUGCAAAGGCGGGCAAUGCUACCACUAAUGGUUCGGUCAAACGCCCACAAGAGACAGUUCAGGAGAACAAAUCUGCUGCAGCUGUCUCGCGUCCGAAGGCAAACAUCAUCGCUCCCAAGCCUACAAGCCUCUUUGGCAGCUUGGUCUCUGCUUCCAAACGACCGGGCACAUCGAAUGCGGAGCGCGCGGCAGCGGCGGCCGCCGCGGCGAAAACAAGCCMUCCGGCCGAAAAGAGAGAAACUCAGACGCCACCUCCUAGACCCACUUUCUCCUUCGGCGAUCUUAUGGCAGAUCUUAACAAGCAGAAGGAAUCUGAAUCAGUUGAGCCUGCUGAGGACCGACCCCCUGAAUCCGAAGAAGAACGUCAGAAGCGACUUCGCAAGGAGGCUCGAAGAAAAUUGCGGGUUACGUGGAAACCUGACGAGUCUCUUACGGAAGUCCGUCUCUUCACCCACGACCCUGACGAGGAGCUAGGACCGGGUGAUCGAUCGCAGGGAGAAAUUGGUGACAUCAAAGGAGAGGGUAGUGCCCUUAAACUGCACAGAGAUCUUGAAGAUUUGGAAGAUGACGAUGAUGGCGUCAUUCGUGAAGAGAAUUUGAUGGACUAUACAGAGCCGUCGGAAAUUGACAAAGGCGAUAUGACAUCUGACGAUCGCUCCAGAAACUACAUCAAACGAGGUGGCACGCAAGAGCCUUCUAGUCCCGAGAAGCAGGCUCAGGAUCAUCGGGAAGCUACCACGCUCAUGGUUUUUUACACGUCGCCUGCGGAUAUUCCUCCCUCGCCAAAGGAGCCACCCCAGACCGACGCUGAUGAACCUAUGACUGAAGUGACUUCUUUUGGAGAAUUGCCGGAUCACAUCAAAGUUCGACAAGAGCGAUAUUACUCAGCGGUCAACCCGAAACCGGCCCCCGUUGCGGCUGCGCCGCCUAUUGCUCAAACCAACCAAUUCGACAUCUCAAACUUGCUUAAAAUCAUCCAGAAUGCAUCGCAGCAACAGUCUACUCCGCCGCCACCCCCGCCGCCGCCUCAGCCUGCGUCACAGGCGCCCAUGUCUGACCUGGAGCGUACUAUCAGCAUGUUCCGCCAGCAGCAGCCUCAAGUUCCACAAAUUCCCCAGUUCCCAUCCGUUUCUCAGGCACCGGCAACGCAGGGCCUCGAUUUCCAGAAAAUAUUGGCUGUCAUGAGUGCACAAAAACAGAUGCCGCCGGCGCCUAUUGUACCCCAAGUCCCACCAUCGCAACCGGCGAUGGCGCCGAAUCUCGCUGCCAUAAUCUCACAAUUCGCCAACCAAAACCAGCAGGCUGGUUCAUCUCAACCUUCUGGUCAGUACUAUGAAGACUCGGAUCGCAAGCGUACGCGUGACACGGAUGGUUCCGAAGAAUCCGGUGAUGAUAGAUUUGGCUACGCCAAGCGAAGCAAGUUUGGAGCACCAAACAAGAAGCACCCAAAGGCUGGAUUAGUCCCUUGCCGAUACUGGCGCGAAGGAAAGUGUCUCAAGGGUGACAACUGCACCUUCCGCCAUGAUCCUCUGAAUUGA